AUGGCCCUAAAAUUAGAAGGAAUGAUCUUAAAAGUUUUGAAGAAAACUGAAAAUAGCAAUGAAAAGAUAUAUUUGAGUAAUGGCAUGCAAAAAGUUGAGCAACAGUUGCACAUCAACUUUAGAGCCGAUCAUUUAGCGACCCCUACGAACGAACACACGGCCCAACGUACUAAAACCACAAUUAGCACCGGAUUAAUAUCGACCAAAUUCCAAGAGAUGAGUAAAAGAAGGGCACGAGGGGGGGUAGAGUACUCGACCAAGACUCUUAUCAGAUGUGAAUCAUCGAGCUCAACCCUUAUCAGAUGUGAAUCAUCGAGCUCAACCCUUAUCAGAUGUGAAUCAUCGAGCUCAACCCUUAUCAGAUGUGAAUCAUCGAGCUCAACCCUUAUCAGAUGUGAAUCAUCGAGCUCAACCCUUAUCAGAUGUGAAUCAUCGAGCUCAACCCUUAUCAGAUGUGAAUCAUCGAGCUCAACCCUUAUCAGAUGUGAAUCAUCGAGCUCAACCCUUAUCAGAUGUGAAUCAUCGAGCUCAACCCUUAUCAGAUGUGAAUCAUCGAGCUCAACCCUUAUCAGAUGUGAAUCAUCGAGCUCAACCCUUAUCAGAUGUGAAUCAUCGAGCUCAACCCUUAUCAGAUGUGAAUCAUCGAGCUCAACCCUUAUCAGAUGUGAAUCAUCGAGCUCAACCCUUAUCAGAUUUCAGCGACCUCGGUCCACGUCUCAAACGCAUGAGAUUCGCGCAGCUAGACCAUCCUUCCUCGGUAUUACACCAAGCCAUGUGCAGAAUCUUAACAGCAUAGCACCUUCCCUCGUUUACCAGCAUUCCCUGGCGUCUAAACGUCCCCCUUGA